AUGGCAAUCAGCGCCGAAUCUUUGAUCUUGACACCAGCUGAGGUGAAAACACAUGUUAAUGAUAUCCAAGGUGCAGUUGUGCAUGGGAAAGGAACGACGAAGAUAUCAAACGGUAAUAACGAUAGACCCGAACCCACGGGAGAAAGCUUUUCCACACCGUACGAUGUCCUUACAGCUGCCCUCCCGUUACCUGCUCCAACAUCUUCAACUGGGUAUUGGUGGCGAAAGACAGGUCCCCUGAUGAGCAGCCUUCUAGAAAAGGCGAAUUACCCCCUUUAUAAGCAUUACAAAUACCUUCUUCUCUACCAUACCCAUAUCCUCCCAUUGCUGGGGCCCCGACCAAUUGAAAAUUCGGCGCAAUCGUCAGACAAUGAAGCAUGGAAAUCUUUCCUGACUGAUGACUAUUCCCCCUUGGAGCCAAGUUGGAACGUGAGUGGCAGUUCUGAUUUUCGGAGUACGAUAAGGCUUGGGAUUGAGCCAAUUGGUUUUGAUGCUGGAACAGCUGUAGACCCAUUCAACCAGGCAUCAGUUGCACGGUUCUUUCAGUCUCAUAAUGCAGCAGAGGUUGGGGUAACGGGCGGCUUGUUUGAACACUUCCGAAACGAACUCUUCGUCGGUCCUGAAUCAUAUACAGCCAUAAGGGAAACUCUGCCUAAGGGUGAGCACGUAACGCAAAGUUUUCUGGCAUUUGACCUGGACGCAGACCGUAUAACUACCAAGGCGUACUUUUUCCCUAUUCUCAAGGCACUGGUUACACGCCAAAGCACAAUAAAGGUGCUCUCUGGAUCCAUUAUGGCUCUUGCAAAGAGGUCCCAUGUGUGGGGCGCGCAGACAAUCGCGGCGGUAUCGAUUUUGGAGGCUUGGAUUGCCAGCUAUGAUGGAGCAAAAGCAGAAAUGAUCAGUGUGGAUUGCGUGGAUGAUGUCGAAUCCCGUAUCAAAAUAUACGUCCGAAUUCCCCACACUUCAUUGCGAAUAGUAAAGGAGGCCUAUUGUUUGGGUGGGCGUUUGAUGGAUGACAACACGGCUGAGAGCCUGGCUCUUCUGGAUACUACCUGGAGGACAAUGUUCAGAGCGACUGAUGAGGACACAGAACUGCCUCAUAACAGCCAUAGGACAGCGGGGACAAUCUUCAAUUUUGAAAUACGCCCAGGAAAAUGGUUCCCAGAGCCGAAGGUGUACCUUCCAAUCCGUCAUUAUUGUGACAAUGACUUGCAAAUAGCAGGUAGACUACAGGAGCUCUUUGGGAAGCUUGGCUGGUAUCAGAUGGAGAGAGAUUAUCGAAGAGAUUUCGAAGAUUUGUUGUAA